AUGGCUCCCAACGACAAAACCCCUGGAAGUAAACUCGACAGUGCUCUCAACAAUGCCACGACAAAAAUGAACAAUGUGCAUGAGAAAGUCACCGAAGCCACUGAGGAGCAUAAGGAAGCAGCCAAAAACAAUGCGGAAAAGGUUGGCAAUGCGUUACCUGACUCUACCAAGGAAGCUGGAUCAAAACUUGGUGGCAUGGUCGAUUCUGGUGUGCAAAAAGCAAAGGAUGCCCUAAGCGACAACAAUGAAAAGGAGUAA